AUGGCAGCUGCUGCAUCAUCCCCAAACAAGAAAUGUGUGAACAAAGUGCUGUGGAAUAUUUUACACUCGAAAUCACAACCCCUACGUGCACCGAAGAAAAAACCCUUCAAACGCCUGCCACACAUUCCCAGAAAAAAUUUUUCGGACAGGAAGAAUGUCGUGAUAGCCGCGAGCGGGAAUUACAACGUCUUGUGCCGCAUACGUCCAAGUACCCAUUUUGAUCCAAGGGCGCUGGUAGUUGACGACAAGGAAAAAAUCAUUCGCAUUGCACCUCCAUCUAAGCCCUAUAGCGACCCGUCCGGGGUUUCUGAGGUUGUGUUUCGUGGCAUACAGUGCGUGUAUGGCGGAACGCAGCGGCAGAUAUACAAUGACGUUUUGAAGCGACAUUUUAUCGACGCCCUGGAUGGGUUCAGCAGCGUCGUACUACUGUGUGGAGCAAAUAAUAGUGGCAAAACAUUUUCCGCUGUUGGGGAAGAGAAUUUCGAUUUCCGCGGAAUGAUUCCUAGGGGAAUACAGGACGUUUUCAGCGAAAUACACGGUCGAAACGCUGAUUAUGACGUAAGCAUAAGCAUGUCCUGUUUUGAUAUGAUUGGAAACACCUUAGUGGACCUUCUGGCUGCAGAAGCCGUGGGAACGAUGACCAUCCGGAGUUAUCAUAACCUGAGCUAUGUGAAGGAAGUCGGUUAUACCCGUGUACGCGAUGAAGAAGAAGCGCUGUUUGCUUUGUACACGGCGAUUCAUAACCGGAAACGGUUUUUUAAGCGAUUUCGGAAUGGACCACCCGUGGAGUAUCACAGCAUCUACAAUUUCUUUAUUCAGACAGAAUCGAAACUGUUGACCAUUCCAACAUUCAAAGUUUCAAAGGUCAGCAUCAUCAGACUGGGAAGCUUUACCAGCCUUCAGGACAAGCCGCAUAUUUCAAUGGAGCAGCAUGGGAUGUUGCUGGAUAUGAACAAAACAUUGGGACAUUUGGAACAAGUGAUCAAAUCGCGAACACAGAAACACAACGGAGCGCAUUCCGUUUCUUGUCGUCAAACUCGACUAGCGCAUUUAAUGCAAGACAUUCUAACAAAAAGAUCGUCAAGCGUUUAUGUGAUGGCCUGCAUUUCCGGUGACGCAGCAUUCCUUAAAGAAUCGUUAGCGACACUGCAGUUUGCAUCGCGACUAUCGGGUAUUAAUUGCUCGCCCGCCGAACACAGCAUAACUGAUCCAAAAAAAUUCAACACCUACCUGAAAGAAGAAGCGGAAAUGCUGAAAAUGGAACUGCGAAUGUAUGACUUGUUGAAUGGUCGAGAAGCUUUGGAUUAUUCGCUUAAAUCAAAAAACAGGGAUGUCUUCCAUACUGCACGGGAAGUCAAGAACUUCGUGGAAGGUCGCAUCGCUAUGCCGAAAUUUGCAACCUUAAAACAACUAGAGGAGUUUAUGGGUUUACUCAAAAGACUGGCAAAAGACGGUGACAUUCCCACUGAUCCACCGGAUAUGCUGGACUUGCCCAAUCGAGAAACCACUCAGAUUGGCGUUCUUGAAAUCGAUGCAGAUGGGAAGUCAAGUCCACCAAAAGAACUGCUAGAUAUCGAGGGAGUGGGCGAUUUGGACGAACGGGAAGGAACCGGCGUUGGCACACCCGGCAGCACUGUCAAGGGAAAAAAUGUAAAACCUCUGAUGAAGAAGAAAAAAGACGACAAAAAAGAAGAGAAGACUAAACUGGAAAAGAUGAGUGUGGUUACGCCGAAAAAGAACGGGAAGGAGAAUACGUCAGGAAAGAAGAAAGAACGUGAGGCAUCUAAAGAUGCUAGUGCCAUUUCGCCGGGAGGAGAUGUUCCAGUGGAAUCCCAGCGGAAGGGUGAGACUAACAACAAGACCGAUCAGAAGCCGACUGAUACCGGAGCCGAAUCACCGAAGCUGGACUCUUCGCCGGAAAUUCGGCAAGGUUUACCGGACAAAAAUGCAGUAGAUGUGGCUACGCCUGGCGUUGCCAGUAAUGGCAAUCCUGCGCCGAAAUGCUUUACCAAAUCAGAAGCUUUUCAAGCGUUUGCACAGGACGUGCCAAGCGCUAUGUUUCUUAAAUCCGAGAUCACAAAAACGCGCGCAAACCUAAUUCAAAGCGAAAAAGAUGCGGAAGCAUUAGUCGACGCGCUCAACAAAUGGAUCGACGAGUUGGAAACCGCUAAGACUAAUUACGAUCGGUUGAGAUCUGAUCGGUUGAUGUAUCGCCCGCAAAAUACCGGAGAAACACCGGUUGUGACCUUCGAAGAAUUCAAAAAUAACAAGAAAAUCAAGUAUCUACGAAACCUAAUUGAAACAGGAUACAAAGAUAUCGAGAGUGCGAAGAAUCAACUAUCUGAUUUACGCGAAAACCUAUCGAACCAUCGGAAAAAAAUGUUUUACGAAUUCGAAGACUGGUUUUCCCGUACAUAUGUUGAGCUCUCUGCAAAACCGGUCACAAUGGAAACACCUGAUUUACCUGCCAACAAUAAUAUCGCGGUCACAGCAGACGGUCCCCAGACUAAUGCGGAGUUGGAACAUUCUGGCAAAGCUUCGAAGCAAACAAGCAGUCGUGAUCCACAGAUUUUCUGUUUACGCGAGCACCCGUUUGCCAGUGUAGCGGAACGCUACAGACAUGAACUAGCCGAACUGGAAGAUCGCCAUCCCGAAGCAGUUGUUUUCAAUCGGGCGCUUAAUCGCGUUCGAGCCGCGGCCAGAAUUCGCCAGCAGAAUCACGGAGCAUUCAUGGCCAAUGGACAUAGCAAAUUGCAGCUGGACUCCAGUCUGAAAAUUGGUGAAAUCACAACUUUGCCGUCAACGCUUGCUCAUACAUCGUGAAAGAUUUCUUCAGAUCGUCAUCUGGCCGAGUGCUGUGGUACACGGGCAAAACAGUGGAGCAAAAAAGAACCGCUCAAGCAGCCAUAAUUCGGAAAACAGUUAGAAGCAAAAAAACGAGAAAAUUACGAAGGACGUAUGACAGAUAACGUGCAAAUGGUACAAAUUAUUUUGAUAAUCCGGGUAAAGCGAUAAGUUAACCCUUGAGUUUACGAUAUGGAUAAUAAACCACGGCAAGGGCAGACUCGCGCUUUCCUUCGCUCUAAAUUCCAAAGUGUUGCCCAUAAAAUGAGCGAAUCCUCGUUAAGCCAUCCGGUUGUACGAA